AUGUCGGACGGAGAGGCAAGCGCGGGCAAGGCCGAGGGGCCCGGCAAAAUCGACGAGCAGUACAUUCAAAGCGAAAUCGACAAGCUUAACAUCGAGGAGCUGGUGCAGCCGGAGCAGAACAAUGCACUCAAGAGAGUUAUUAAAACGGACCGAAAAAUUGUUACCCAUUUAGAUAGCAGGAUAAGUGCUCUGCACAAGUCGUGCCAGUAUGGAAGGCAGGUUUCCAAAAUUAUUAACUUCAAGGCGGAGGGACUCAGCAGCAUUUCGCUGAAGGAGAAGCUCCGCCUCGUUCUGGACACCCUCUCGGGCGAGUUCUCCGAGGAGACGCCCACAGGGGGGGGAGAAGCGGUAAACGCGGUAAACGCGGCAAACGCGGCAAACGCGGCAAACGCGGCAAACGCGGCAAACGCGGUAAACGCGGUAAACGCGGCAAACGCGGCAAACGCGGCAAACGCGGUAAACGCGGUAAACGCGGUAAACGCGGCAAACGCGAGUGACGUGGGAGAGGACCCGCCCGGGGAACCCCCCCCCCGGGGACGAGCCAAGCGGCUAAGCUUCACGAAGCUCUCGAAGCACUUCGGCGUAGACACCCUCCCCUUCUGCCCCAUCAACUACCACACCAUCCCACUGAACCUCUUUCUAGACAAUGAAAAUGCAUUCAGCCUCCACAGGAAGGAACAGACGAAGAAACACAGCAGGACCAAACAGACCCUCGGCAACACCACCUACAGAAAGUUAAAAGAAUUCUCUCAUGAAAGCGAACCGGAAAUUAAACUGGAGACUUACGAACAGUCAAUGAGAUUAAAAGAUAAGUUAGGGCAACUGGAAAAGAAAAAAAAAAACAUUCCUUUUUUAAAUUUUAUCGUAGACUGUGAUCCCACUAAUGGGUUUAAUGAAACGACCUUCCGCUUGUUCCUGGUGACUCUGCUCGUUUCGAAGGGCCACGUUGAGUUCUAUAGGGAUGCCAACAAAGUGCUGUGCGUCCGGACGAGUGACCUCUUUAGGCACACCGAGCAGGGGGGGAGCGGCGGUGAUGGGAGCGGCGAAGAUGGCGGCGUUGGCAAUGGAAGCGCUGGUGAUGGGAGCGGCGGCGGUGGCUACUCCGCGCGCCGCACAGGCGAGACGCUCCCUCCGAGGAAAAACCAGGCCCUGCUCACUGCCUGGUCAUACCAGAAGUGGGAGGAGCUGGUCAACCGCCUGGCGCCGCACCGCUGA